GCCACAGCCACCCAGCCGCAGCCCGCUCACUGACGCUGACCGCUUGGAUCCUGGUGAUCACAACCGGCCCCCUGAAGACCUCCCGAGUUUGAUAUCAGGCUGCGGGACAGCAGACCAGGAGACCGGGGAGAUCGUGUGCCAAUCCCGGUCACCCGGAGACCAGAGAAUCGCAGAUUCCAGUCCUAAAGGCAAGUUCCUACAAUUCAAACAGCUCAAUUACUGUGGAGAGAAACAAAAGGAAUAAUGAAAGGAAUUUGGGAGAGCAGCAGUGUGUUUUGAAAGACAAUCUAGAAUUGGUUCCUGAGGAUCAGGGCCAGACUAUCAGCAAGGUCAGUGUGAAUGUUCAGGAUGAUGUAAAUGACCCAACACAGCCAGAAGCAACCAAGACACAAAAUGCUAAUUUCCAUAACCAAAUGCUACAUUGUGAGAGAGACCUGCUUAUGAGACAUGAUGAUUGUUCAGUUUUUAGGCUGACUAGCUCUUCCUCCAGCUUAGCUAGUGAGCUGUAUCCUCCAGUUGUAAUUGAUAAUGGCAGUGGGCUGAUAAAAGCCGGACUCUCAGGAAAUCAUUCACCAACGCACGUUUUUCCAAGUGUGGUAGGAAGACCAAAGAACACAACAUUGAACGUUUUUGGAUUAUCAGAAAGGUGCACUUAUGUUGGAGAAGAAGCCCAAAGAAAACGUACCAUUCUUCAUUUGGUUUAUCCAAUUCAACAUGGACUGAUUGCAAACUGGACAGAAAUGGAAGUGCUCUGGAGGCAUGCGUUUGAAAAUGAGUUGCGUGUUGACAUUCAGGAGCACCCAAUUGUUAUGACAGAACCACCAAAUAACCCCCAGCAAAACAGAGAGAGAACAACUGAGAUUCUUUUUGAAGCAUUUCAAGUUCCUUCUUUAUUUCUGGGUGUUCAGGCAGUGUUGGCACUACACUCCACUGGCAAAGUUACAGGAACUGUUAUUGAUUCAGGAUCAACUGUGACGCAUGUAGUUCCCAUUAUUGAAGGAGAUGCUUUAGAGAACAUUACUCAGAGUGUACACCUGGGAGGAGAGGACCUGACAGAGUACAUGAUGAGAUCUCUGGCUGAAAAUAAUAGCUGGUCCUUCACUUCCAAAGCUGGGUUAGAUAUCAUCAGAAACAUCAAGGAGAAAUUUUGUUACGUUGCCAGUGAUUUUGAAGCAGAACUUGAGAACUUCAAGAAUAAUCCAGGAGAAAUAAAGGAAGAGUAUGUGCUUCCAGAUGGACAAAAUAUGAUUAUCACAAGUCAAAAAUUCAUCUGCCCUGAAGUCAUCUAUAAGCCAUUUUUAAUAGGCAAAGAUAUCCAGAACCUGCCUGCAUUGACACAUUCAGUGAUUGAGAGAUGCAGUGAGGAGAUCCGCAAUGACUUGUACACCAACAUUGUACUAGCUGGUGGUAACAAUAUGUUUAGAAAUUUGGAAGAACGACUACAACAGGAGAUGUCAAACCUUGUAAAAACAGGAAUAAAGGUGAGGGUUCAUGCACCUCCCAACCGGAAUUACCUUUCAUGGAAAGGAGCAGCCAUUUUGUCUGGUCUUUCCAAUUUCCACCAGAUGUGUGUAUCCCGCCAAGACUUUGAAGAAUUUGGAACCACUGUUUUGUACAGGAAGCUAAUUUAGCAAGAAAGGAACAUUUCCUGAAAUCCAAAUGAAGAGAUCAAUCAUUAACAGAGUAAAGGCAGAUCAAAAACUAUGACUAUUUGUUAUAAACCAUUGCUCUUUCACUACUUAAUCAUCACAGAAACAGUGGGGUACAAUGGGGUGAGGUCAUUGCUAUUUGUUAGAGUGGGCAUGGGCAGCAGCAGUGUUUGGUGAACAGAUAUGGUAUGUAUUUGAUAAGAGAUCAUUGGCUGAGACUAAUUUGACAACUAAGUCUGACCAUAUAUCAUUUUACUCUGUUCCUUAAGUAAAUUUCAUUAGCAACAUAGAGUCAUAGAGAGGUACAGCAUGGAAACAGAUCCUUCAGUCCAACCUGUCCACGCCAACCAGCAACCAACCCAAUCUAGUUCCACCUGCCAGCACCCGGCAUCUCAACAAACUUAACCCUCAAUCCCUAAAAUGUUGCUGCUGUCUAGCCAGACUACUGCUAAGUUUUCAAUCUCAGCAAUGCUUAAUUCAAUGUUCCAUUCUUUUACAUCUCUACAAUAAAAAUGAGACACAAUCAAUUUUGUUUCUACCAAAAAUAUAUCCCUAAGACCACAAGAGCUUAUAUUGAAACCUCCUCACAUAUACUUGGAAUGUAAAACUAUGGAGGUAAGGUCCCAUGACACAGAAAAUUUUAAAAUUUAUUUACAGCUGUUCUGCAGCAGUUUCUUUGUUUUUAGACUUGUAUCUACAGAGUCCUCAAA